AUGAGCCACUCAGAAAAUGAAUCAGUGCCGUCAUCGGCGAAGCUGGAGGACGGUCUUCAGCCCCGGGACAUCCAGGCCGAGAACACCGACGGAAUCAAUGAGCUCUCAGACGAGCACCGCGAAUACCUCCUCCACAGACACGGGACUCUGGACCUCGACCCCAUCCCGGACAUGAGCGACGCAGACCCUUAUAACUGGUCGCAAAAGAAGAAGGUCACGAACCUGUUCCUGGUCGCCUUCCACGCCAUGAUGGCCACCUUCACAGCAGCGGCCAUCAUGGCCGCCUUCGUGAACAUUGCAGAAGACCUUGAAAUUGAGGUCCAGACCGCCAGCUAUCUCACUUCUUUGGUCAUCGCCAUCCUCGGCGGGGCACCUCUCAUCUGGAGGCCCUUGUCUCAGCGCUAUGGUCGCCGACCCAUCUUCAUGAUCUCGCUCAUCUGCAGUCUGGUAGGGAACAUUGGUUGCGCUAAUGCCCACUCAUACGCCACCAUGUGCCUGUGCCGUGCCAUCGUAGCCUUUUUCAUCUGCCCCGCUGCUGCCAUCGGGUCCGGUGUUGUUGCCGAGACAUUCUUUAAAGAUGAGAGAGCUCGCUAUAUGGGCAUAUGGACUAUAUUUGUGACGCUGGGUGUACCGGUCGCCCCUUUCAUCUUUGGCUUUGUCGCUCUGAGAGUUGGAUACCGGUGGAUAUACUAUAUCCUAGCAAUCAUAAACGGCGUCCAGCUGGGCCUAUACUUCUUUUUUGGGCCAGAGUCACGAUACAUUCGCGGAAGCCAAGCUCCCGAGGACGAGAAGAACAAGUCCGACUUCAAGAAGCAAUACAUGAGCUUCCGCCGGAUCGAUAAAACCCCAAUGACCUGGUACGAUUUCGUCGAGCCACUGGUAUACGCAGCUCGCCCCUGCGUGAUGCUCCCAGCGGUGGCCUACGCAAUGGAAUUCCUCUGGACAAGCAUCAUGACCACCGUCGAGAUCCCGCAGCUCUUCCCCGAGCUCUUCGGCUUCAACACGCAGCAGAACGGCCUGCAGAUGAUCUCCGUCAUCGUCGGCACCAUCGCCGGCGAGCAGAUCGGCGGGCGCAUGUCCGACAUCUGGAUGUCCAUGAGGCGGAAAAGGCUCGGUGGUAGGAGCCCCGAGCCCGAAUACCGGCUGUGGCUGAGCUACUUCGGUUUCGUCCUGUGCGUCGUCGGCGUGGUUGUUUUCCUGGUCCAGCUCUACGCUGCCGGUCACACGUGGAACGUCACGCCCCUGAUCGGGGUGGGGAUCGCGGCAGCAGGCAACCAAGUGGUCACCACCGUGCUUGUGACAUACUCUGUGGACUGUUACCGGCACGAUGCCUCGAGCGUCGGCGUUUUCAUCACGUUCGUGCGUCAGAUCUGGGGCUUCAUUGGACCCUUCUGGUUCCCACAGAGUAUCGAAGAGGUUGGUUACAGAGAAACGGCAGGCAUUGCCGUUGCUAUGAUGGUGGCUUUUUGUGUUGUUCCGAUCCUGGUUAUUCAGUGGAGAGGAAGGACUUGGAGGUGA